CCAGUGGAUGCGAUGCUGAUUGCGCCUGAGAUCCGCGUCAUGGCCUCGCUGACCUCCGCAGAUUUCAGCCAAAACCAGCUGGGACCCGAGGGCGUUAAAGCACUCGCGCCAGCGCUGGCUGCCAGCGCCUCGCUGACGAGCGUGUCGCUCGCUGACAACCGGCUGUGCGGCGUGGACGGGGAUGGAAACGGCACCUACGAUGCGACCGGCAUCAAAGCCAUCGCUGAUGCCCUGCGCGUCAACGCCUCGCUGACGAGCUUGAGGUAUGUUGCCAUCCAAGCCACACAUGCGUAGAACGUGUAGCAGUCUGACUUGCAGCUGGUUUCGUGCCUUGCAGCCUUCGCGAAAACAACAUCAAGGGCACGGGCGAGGCGCUUUGGGAGGCCCUCAAGAACAACUCGUGUAUCAAGACGCUCGAUCUGUGCCUUUGCAGUCUCGGGCCAGAGGACGGGACGGGCCUGGCUGGCGGCAUUGCCGUCAGCGCCUCCCUGACGGAGGUUUACAUCUGCGGCAACAACAUCAGGAACGGUGGGGCAGAAGCAAUUGCUAAUGCUCUCAAAGCCAACGACUCGUGCGUGCUCAAGAAACUGGCGGUAGACCUUGGUCUUGAGGACCAUGAGGGCCUCAAAUCAGCCUGCCAGCUCCGAGGAGUGGAGCUCGAAGGAGUGGAGUAAAGCAUACAAGUCGGGCGAGAACUGAUGGGUAUGUUUUCACGUUUUUACAAACUGCUCUGCGU